UGUUAAAUGUUACUUCCCGGAGAAGCCCGCGGAAUCGUGCAAAGCUUUGUGCUGGCAACGACGUCGUUUACAAGGAGGCUCCCAGCUUCAUAAAUCUCGUUCCCUCCUCCAAGGACUCUCGGGUUUCUGAAGUGUGCUCAGCACGCGAUGGCCACUAAAAUGAAGAUCGAAGAGUUGCGGACCGAGCUCGCUCAACGUGGGCUCAGCACCGCCGGAAUCAAGCCUACUCUGGUCCGUAGGCUUGAAGCUGCUCUUCGGGAAGAAAGUGGACAGUCAGCGGACGAUGGUCGCACUUCAUCUCGUCAGAAGAGAGACCGUGAACCAGAAAAUGAGGUUUUGGACAACUCUGAUAAACUUGCGGCAAUCGAGAAGUUCCGUGCAAUGGGCGUUCAGCAACUGCGCGAAGAAGCUUCCCGGCGUGGAAUUCUCUUGGUUGGGUCGAAGAAGCAGCUUCUGGAUAGACUCUGUCAAGAAUUAAGUAAGGGCUUGGACAAUGCUAAUGAAGAUGGAGCUGCAAAUUGUGUAGAGAAGGAAAAGAUGGUUACAGCAACCAAAAAAGGUGCGGCUGUUCUGGAUCAAUGGCUUCCAGAUUACGUGAAGGCUCAGUACCAUGUUCUGCAAAUGGCAAGUGCUGGUGAAAUCUACGAUGCCACGUUGAAUCAGACAAAUGUUGGAGACAACAAUAACAAAUUCUAUGUGAUUCAAGUUCUUGAAUCGGAUGAUGGUGGAAAAUUCCUUGUUUACAACAGAUGGGGAAGGGUAGGUGUAAAGGGCCAAGACAAGAUACACGGCCCUUACGCUUCUCGUGAAAGUGCCAUCCAGGAGUUUGAAAGCAAGUUUUUUGCCAAGACCAAAAACCAUUGGUCUGACAGGAAGAGUUUUGUUUGCUACCCAAAGAGUUAUGCUUGGUUGGAAAUGGACUACGGUGGAAAUGAUAAAGAAUCUACUGCCACAGAAAAACAUGCUUAUGCGUUAGAAAUGAAACCUCAGGAAUCAAAACUUGAGUCACGUGUUGCAAAAUUUAUAUCUCUCAUUUGUAAUGUGAGCAUGAUGAAUCAGCAAAUGAUGGAAAUAGGAUACAAUGCUAAUAAGUUGCCUCUUGGAAAACUGAGCAAAUCAACAAUUUUGAAGGGGUAUGAUGUUCUCAAAAGAAUUGCUGAUGUGAUUAAUAUUUCUGAUCGGAAAACUCUGGAGCAGCUAAGUGGGGAAUUCUACACUGUUAUUCCUCAUGACUUUGGAUUUAAAAAAAUGCGUGAGUUUGUGAUUGACACACCCCAGAAGUUAAAACGCAAGUUGGAAAUGGUUGAAGCUCUUGGUCAAAUCGAGGUUGCAACAAAACUAUUGAACAUUGACGCUGGAAUGCAGGGUGACCCCCUGUAUGCUCAUUACGAACGCCUUCAUUGUGAACUGCUGCCUGUCGAAGUGGAUUCUGAGGAGUUCUCCAUGAUUGCAAAGUAUAUGCGGAACACUCAUGCUGAAACGCAUUCAAACUAUACUGUGGACAUAGUUCAAAUAUUCAGGGUAUCAAGAGAAGAGGAGGCUGAACGCUUUAGAAAGAAACAGUUCUCUUGCAUGAAAAAUAGGGUGCUUUUAUGGCACGGUUCAAGGCUCACAAACUGGACUGGAAUUUUAUCUCAAGGUCUGCGCAUAGCUCCUCCUGAGGCACCGGUAACUGGCUACAUGUUUGGCAAAGGAGUAUACUUUGCUGACAUGUUCUCCAAAAGUGCAAAUUAUUGCUAUGCUUCUCGCACAGCUAAGGAUGGAGUGCUUCUUUUAUGUGAGGUUGCAUUGGGUGAGAUGGUUGAGCUUCUAACUGCGAAGUAUGAUGCUGAUGACCUGCCUGAAGGAAAGCUGAGCACAAAAGGAGUAGGAGAAACUGCACCAGAUAUGUCAGAGGCUCAGGCACUUGAGGACGGACUCAUUGUUCCCCUUGGGAAGCCCAAAAAGCGUGCGGGCAUGAAGGGUGAUUUAUUGUACAAUGAAUACAUUGUCUAUAAUGUGGAGCAGAUUAGGAUGCGCUAUGUCAUUCAUGUAAAUUUCAAUUUUAAUCGAAGAACUUAGUAGCUAGAUGUAAUCGAUAAUGUAUUCUAGUCAUUCUCUAGUCACAACGGAUUAUAACCGUUGGCUUUCUUGUAGUUCAGAAAAUUCUAGUUAAAAGGUUUCAGCAGCCUUUUCCUGUGUUAUGAGUGUGUGUGUAUGCACAAGGAAAGGGGAAAGGGGGGACGGGGGUUUGCAAGCUCAUGCGUUUUGUGAUAAUCUUUAGAAGUGGAUUUUCGUCUUUUGUCGGUUUUUAGAGGAUGUUAAGUCUACAAACUGAGAAACUAUUACUCUGCGUCUUCAGCAUCUCCCAAUUUUUUCGCUCCCA